AUGCAAACUGGUUGUGUUGUAUGGAGCAUAACUUUAUUAACUUGUUUAAAUUUCCGCGACAGUCGGAAAGAAUGGAUUCGAAUCGACAAAAUGACAACACUCAAAGAAAAAUUACUGAGCGUAGUAAAGGAGCCCUCAGGAAAUGGCAAAAACAAAAUAACCGUGGUCGGUGUUGGCCAAGUAGGAAUGGCCUGUGCAUUCAGUAUUCUCACAAAAUAUGUUUCAAGCGACGUCGUCUUGAUUGACGUGAUGGCCGACAAGUUGAAAGGCGAGAUGAUGGAUUUGCAGCACGGAAGCGCUUUUCUUAAAAACUCCCGUGUGAACGCGAGCACCGAUUACGCCGCAAGCGCGGGAUCCAGUAUCUGUAUCGUCACCGCGGGUGCAAGACAACGCGAAGGGGAAACCCGUUUGGACUUGGUUCAACGCAACACCGACAUCUUCAAAGGGAUCAUUCCUCAGCUGGUCAAGCACUCUCCCAACUGCAUUCUGCUGAUCGUCUCAAACCCCGUUGACAUCUUGACCUACGUUGCCUGGAAACUUUCCGGGUUCCCCAAGAAUCGCGUCAUUGGUUCCGGCACCAACUUGGACUCUGGAAGAUUCAGAUUUUUGCUGUCCCAAAAAUUGGGCGCUGCUCCCACUUCUUGCCACGGAUGGAUCAUUGGAGAACACGGUGAUACCAGUGUUUGGUCAGGAGUUAACGUUGCUGGAGUCCGUCUUCGUGAUCUUGACCCGAGAGUUGGUACUAAAGAUGACCCAGAAAACUACGGAGACAUCCACAAUCAAGUGGUCUCAAGCGCUUACGAAGUGAUCAAACUAAAGGGAUACACUUCGUGGGCAAUCGGUCUCAGUGUCGCUAAUCUUGCGUCGGCAAUGUUGAGAAACUCUGGUCAAGUUCACGCCGUAUCGACCAUGGUUAAGGGAUUCCAUGACAUUGAAGAAGAAAUAUUUUUGUCCGUGCCCUGUAUUUUAAGCUUGGAUGGAGUAACUUCAGUUGUCCAACAAAAAUUAACCGAAGACGAAAAAGGACUUCUACCAAAUUCUUUGCGAGAAGGACUUUUGUGCAGAGUAAAAACUCCUUCAAUAGAUAGCAUCGACAAAGUUACAAUAGUCGGCGCUGGAAUGGUCGGAGUAGCGUGUGCCAAUGCGAUAUUGUUUCAAGAAUCAAAUUUUCAGAAAAUUAGCAGCCAUGUUGCGAUAGUCGACGCUUUUCCCAAAAAACUAGAAGGCGAGGGCAUGGACUACUGUCAUUCUUCAGUUUUUCUCGACGAUCCGUAUAUCGAGUACGAUACAGACUUUUGCGUGUCAAGCAAUUCGAAAGUAGUUAUAAUUACCGCGGGUGCUCGGCAAAUCAAAGGAGAAACGCGACUGGAGUUGGUGCAAAAAAACGUUAACAUUAUCAAAAAUAUCGUGCCUCCUUUGGUGCAAUACAGUCCUAACGCUGUUUUUCUUGUAGUAACAAAUCCUGUUGAUAUUUUGUCUUGGGUAACAUGGAAAGUAAGCGGUCUUCCGUACAACAGAAUAAUUGGCAGCGGCUGCCACCUGGACUCCGCGAGAUUACGGAGUCUAAUCAGCGAACGACUCGGAGUGGCGUCUAAAUCAAUAAAUGCGUUUAUUAUUGGCGAGCAUGGAGAUAGCCAGGUUCCUUUGUGGUCGGGAGUUAACGUUGCUGGAGUGUUAUUCCGUGAUAUUAUGCCAACCAUAGGUUUGGAAAUGGACCAGGAGGGGUGGAGUGAGCUGAUGACUGAUAACGUCAAGGCGCAAGUGGAAAAAUUGGCGACAUUUUCUUUGAUAGCAUUGACAUUGAUUGAAAAUCUUUUUGAGCAGGGUCAUCACGGCAUUCAUCAUGAAAUGUUUUUGUCCCUGCCCUGUACCUUGGGCGAGAAUGGCGUGAGUCAAGUUAUACGAAUGCGUAUCACCGAACACGAGAAAAAACUCUUCCAGAAAUCGGCGGAAAUUGUCUACAAUAUCCAAAAGGGCCUCAAGAUAUCCUGA